CAACUUGGAGGGGCGGGGGCUGGCAGGGCUGUGAGGUUCUGUGAGUCGCUGCAGGAGCAGCUUAGCUCGGCUUGGUUGCCUUGGUCUCUGUGGGCAGCAUUGGAGGGGGUUCAGGAAGAGGAGGAGGAGGCGGCGGCAGAGAAGAGAGAGGCGUGUGAGCCACACUCCACGGGCUAGCUCCUUCCCGCUGCUCUUGCCUGGCGGUGCCAGGCAGCCCGCACUGGCAUGGCCCUGCUCGUCCACCUCAAGACGGUCUCGGAGCUGCGGGGCAGGGGCGACCGGAUCGCCAAAGUGACUUUCCGAGGACAAUCCUUCUACUCCCGGGUCCUUGAGAACUGCGAGGAUGUGGCUGACUUCGAUGAGAUGUUUCGGUGGCCGGUGGCCAGCACCAUCGACAGAAAUGAGAUGCUGGAGAUUCAGGUUUUCAACUACAGCAAAGUCUUCAGCAACAAGCUCAUCGGGACCUUCCGUAUGGUGCUGCAGAAGGUAGUAGAGGAGAACCACGUGGAGGUGACCGACACGCUGAUUGAUGACAACAACGCUAUCAUCAAGACCAGCCUCUGCGUGGAGGUCAGGUAUCAGGGCACCGACGGCACAGUGGGAUCCUGGGACGAUGGGGACUUCCUGGGAGAUGAGUCUCUUCAAGAGGAAGAGAAAGACAGCCAAGAGACGGAUGGACUGCUCCCAGGCUCCCGGCCCAGCUCCCGGCCCCCCGGAGAGAAGAGCUUCCGGAGCAAAGGCAGAGAGAAGACCAAGGGAGGCAGAGAUGGCGAACACAAAGCCGGGAGGAGCGUGUUCUCCGCCAUGAAGCUCGGCAAAAACCGGUCCCACAAGGAGGAGCCCCAAAGACCAGAUGAACCAGCGGUGCUGGAGAUGGAAGACCUUGACCAUCUGGCCAUUCGGCUAGCGGACGGACUGGAUCCCGACUCGGUGUCUCUCGCCUCAGUCACAGCUCUGACCACGAAUGUCUCCAACAAGCGAUCUAAGCCGGACAUUAAAAUGGAGCCAAGUGCCGGGCGGCCCAUGGAUUACCAGGUCAGCAUCACGGUGAUCGAGGCCCGGCAGCUGGUGGGCUUGAACAUGGACCCUGUGGUGUGUGUGGAGGUAGGCGACGACAAGAAAUACACCUCCAUGAAGGAGUCCACUAACUGCCCCUAUUACAACGAGUACUUCGUCUUCGACUUCCACGUCUCUCCUGAUGUCAUGUUCGACAAGAUCAUCAAGCUCUCGGUGAUUCACUCCAAGAACCUGCUACGCAGUGGCACCCUGGUGGGUUCCUUCAAAAUGGACGUGGGGACUGUGUACUCCCAGCCAGAGCACCAGUUCCAUCAUAAGUGGGCCAUCCUGUCUGACCCUGACGACAUCUCCUCGGGGCUGAAGGGCUACGUGAAGUGUGACGUCGCUGUGGUGGGCAAAGGGGACAACAUCAAGACGCCCCAUAAGGCCAAUGAGACCGACGAAGAUGACAUUGAAGGGAACUUGCUGCUCCCCGAGGGGGUGCCCCCAGAACGCCAGUGGGCCCGGUUCUACGUGAAAAUUUACCGAGCAGAGGGACUGCCCCGUAUGAACACAAGCCUCAUGGCCAACGUAAAGAAGGCGUUCAUUGGCGAAAACAAGGACCUCGUGGACCCCUACGUGCAAGUCUUCUUUGCUGGCCAGAAGGGCAAGACUUCUGUGCAGAAGAGCAGCUAUGAGCCCCUGUGGAAUGAACAGGUCGUCUUUACAGACCUCUUCCCCCCACUCUGCAAACGCAUGAAGGUGCAGAUCCGAGACUCGGACAAGGUCAACGACGUGGCCAUCGGCACCCACUUCAUUGACCUGAGAAAGAUUUCUAAUGAUGGAGAUAAAGGCUUCCUGCCCACGCUGGGCCCAGCCUGGGUGAACAUGUACGGCUCCACACGUAACUACACACUGCUGGACGAGCACCAGGACCUGAAUGAGGGCCUCGGGGAGGGCGUGUCCUUCCGGGCCCGGCUCCUGCUGGGCCUGGCUGUGGAGAUCCUGGAUACCUCCAACCCUGAGCUCACCAGCUCCACAGAGGUGCAGGUGGAGCAGGCCACGCCCAUCUCAGAGAGCUGUGCAGGGAAAAUGGAGGAAUUCUUUCUCUUUGGAGCCUUCCUGGAGGCCUCGAUGAUCGACCGGAGAAAUGGAGACAAGCCCAUCACCUUUGAGGUCACCAUAGGCAACUAUGGGAACGAGGUGGAUGGCCUGGCCCGGCCCCAGCGGCCUCGGCCCCGGAAGGAGCCCGGGGAUGAGGAGGAAGUAGACCUGAUUCAGAACUCCAGUGACGACGAGGCCAGUGAUGGCGGUGACCUGGCCUCAGUCUCCUCCACUCCACCCAUGCGGCCACAGGUCACCGACAGGAACUACUUCCAUCUGCCCUACCUGGAGCGGAAGCCCUGCAUCUACAUCAAGAGCUGGUGGCCGGACCAGCGCCGCCGCCUCUACAAUGCCAACAUCAUGGACCACAUCGCUGACAAGCUGGAAGAAGGCCUAAACGACGUGCAGGAGAUGAUCAAAACAGAGAAGUCCUACCCUGAGCGUCGCCUGCGGGGCGUCCUGGAGGAGCUGAGCUGUGGCUGCUGCCGCUUCCUCUCCCUCGCUGAGAAGGACCAGGGCCACUCACCCCGCACCAGGCUUGACCGGGAGCGCCUCAAGUCCUGCCUGAGGGAGCUGGAAAGCAUGUGGCAGCAAGCCAGGACCCUGCGGGCCCAAGUGAAGCGGCACACGGUACGGGACAAGCUGAGGCUGUGCCAGAACUUCCUGCAGAAGCUGCGCUUCCUGGCGGAUGAGCCCCAGCACAGCAUUCCCGACGUCUUCAUCUGGAUGAUGAGCAACAACAAGCGCGUGGCCUACGCCCGCGUGCCCUCCAAGGACCUGCUCUUCUCCAUCGUGGAAGAGGAGACCGGCAAGGACUGCGCCAAGGUCAAGACGCUCUUCCUCAAGUUGCCGGGGAAGCGGGGCUUCGGCUCAGCGGGCUGGACGGUGCAGGCCAAGCUGGAGCUCUACAUGUGGCUCGGCCUCAGCAAACAGCGCAAGGACUUCCUAUGCGGCCUGCCCUGUGGCUUCGAGGAGGUCAAGGCAGCCCAGGGCCUGGGCCUGCACGCCUUCCCCCCCGUCAGCCUGGUCUACGCCAAGAAGCAGGUGUUCCAGCUCCGAGCCCACAUGUACCAGGCCCGAAGCCUCUUUGCCGCCGACAGCAGUGGACUCUCAGACCCCUUCGCCCGUGUCUUCUUCAUCAACCAGAGUCAGUGCACAGAGGUGCUGAAUGAGACCCUGUGUCCCACCUGGGACCAGAUGCUGGUGUUCGACAACCUGGAGCUCUAUGGAGAAGCUCAGGAGCUGAGGGACGACCCGCCCAUCAUUGUCAUUGAAAUCUACGACCAGGAUACCAUGGGCAAAGCUGACUUCAUGGGCCGGACCUUCGCCAAGCCCCUGGUGAAGAUGGCAGAUGAGGGGUACUGCCCACCCCGCUUCCCGCCCCAGCUUGAGUACUACCAGAUCUACCGCGGCAACGCCACAGCUGGAGACCUGCUGGCAGCCUUCGAGCUGCUGCAGAUUGGGCCAGCAGGGAAGGCUGACCUGCCCCCCAUCAAUGGCCCGGUGGACAUGGACCGAGGUCCCAUCAUGCCUGUGCCUGUGGGCAUCCGGCCCGUGCUCAGCAAGUACCGAGUGGAGGUACUGUUCUGGGGCCUACGGGACCUGAAGCGGGUGAACCUGGCCCAGGUGGACCGGCCACGGGUGGACAUCGAGUGUGCAGGGAAAGGAGUGCAGUCGUCCCUGAUCCACAAUUAUAAGAAGAACCCCAACUUCAACACCCUCGUCAAGUGGUUUGAAGUGGACCUCCCAGAGAACGAGCUGCUGCACCCGCCCUUGAACAUCCGCGUGGUGGACUGCCGGGCCUUUGGCCGAUACACACUGGUGGGCUCCCAUGCUGUCAGCUCCCUGCGACGCUUCAUCUACCGGCCCCCAGACCGCUCGGCCCCCAGCUGGAACACCACGGUCAGGCUUCUCCGGCGCUGCCGUGUGCUGUGCAAUGGGGGCCCCUCCUCUCACUCCACAGGGGAGGUCGUGGUGAACAUGGAGCCAGAGGUACCCAUCAAGAAACUGGAGACCAUGGUGAAGCUGGAUGCGACUUCUGAUGCCGUUGUCAAGGUGGAUGUGGCUGAGGAGGAGAAGGAGAAGAAGAAGAAGAAGGGCACUGCGGAGGAGCUGGAUGAGGAGGAGCCAGACGAGAGCAUGCUGGACUGGUGGUCCAAGUACUUUGCCUCCAUUGACACCAUGAAGGAGCAACUUCGACAACAAGAGCCCUCUGGAAUUGACUUGGAGGAGAAGGAUGAGAUGGACAAUACUGAAGGCCUGAAGGGGCCAGUGAAGAGCAAGGAGAAGGCAAGAGCCGCCAAAGAGGAGAAGAAGAAGAAAACCCAGACCUCUGGCUCUGGCCAGGGGUCUGAGGCCCCUGAGAAGAAGAAACCCAAGAUUGAUGAGCUUAAGGUGUACCCCAAAGAGCUGGAGUCCGAGUUUGAUAACUUUGAGGACUGGCUGCACACUUUCAACCUGCUUCGGGGCAAGACCGGGGAUGACGAGGAUGGCUCUACCGAGGAGGAGCGCAUUGUGGGCCGCUUCAAGGGCUCCCUUUGCGUGUACAAAGUGCCACUCCCGGAGGACGUGUCCCGGGAAGCCGGCUACGACCCCACCUACGGCAUGUUCCAGGGCAUCCCGAGCAAUGACCCCAUCAAUGUGCUGGUCCGAGUUUAUGUGGUCCGGGCCACGGACCUGCACCCCGCAGACAUCAACGGCAAAGCUGACCCCUACAUAGCCAUCCGGCUAGGCAAGACUGACAUCCGAGACAAGGAGAACUACAUCUCCAAGCAGCUCAACCCUGUCUUUGGGAAGUCCUUUGACAUCGAGGCCUCCUUCCCCAUGGAAUCCAUGCUGACAGUGGCUGUGUAUGACUGGGACCUGGUGGGCACGGAUGACCUCAUUGGAGAAACCAAGAUCGACCUGGAGAACCGCUUCUACAGCAAGCACCGUGCCACCUGUGGCAUCGCCCAGACCUACUCCACACAUGGCUACAAUAUCUGGCGGGACCCCAUGAAGCCCAGCCAGAUCCUGACCCGCCUCUGCAAAGACGGCAAAGUAGAUGGCCCCCACUUUGGGCCCCCUGGGAGAGUGAAGGUGGCCAACCGAGUCUUCACUGGGCCCUCUGAGAUUGAAGAUGAGAACGGUCAGAGGAAGCUCACAGAUGAGCACGUGGCACUGUCAGCCCUGAGGCACUGGGAGGACAUCCCCCGAGCCGGCUGCCGCCUGGUGCCGGAACACGUGGAGACGAGGCCGCUGCUCAACCCCGACAAGCCGGGCAUCGAGCAGGGCCGCCUGGAGCUGUGGGUGGACAUGUUCCCCAUGGACAUGCCAGCCCCUGGGACGCCUCUGGACAUCUCCCCUCGGAAGCCCAAGAAGUACGAGCUGCGGGUCAUCAUCUGGAACACGGAUGAGGUGGUCUUGGAGGACGACGACUUCUUCACAGGGGAGAAGUCCAGUGACAUCUUCGUGCGGGGGUGGCUGAAGGGCCAGCAGGAGGACAAGCAGGACACAGAUGUCCACUACCACUCCCUCACCGGUGAGGGCAACUUCAACUGGCGCUACCUAUUCCCCUUUGACUACCUGGCGGCGGAAGAGAAGAUCGUCAUCUCCAAGAAGGAGUCCAUGUUCUCCUGGGACGAGACCGAGUACAAGAUCCCCGCGCGGCUCACCCUGCAGAUCUGGGAUGCGGACCACUUCUCCGCCGACGACUUCCUGGGGGCCAUCGAGCUGGACCUGAACCGGUUUCCUCGGGGCGCAAAGACAGCCAAGCAGUGCACCAUGGACAUGGCCACCGGGGAGGUGGACGUGCCCCUGGUGUCCAUCUUCAAGCAAAAGCGCGUCAAAGGCUGGUGGCCCGUCCUGGCCCGCAAUGAGAACGAUGAGUUUGAGCUCACGGGCAAGGUGGAGGCUGAGUUGCAUUUACUAACAGCAGAGGAGGCAGAGAAGAACCCAGUGGGCCUGGCCCGCAAUGAACCUGACCCCCUAGAGAAACCCAACCGGCCCGACACAAGCUUCAUCUGGUUCCUGAACCCUCUCAAGUCGGCUCGCUACUUCUUGUGGCACACGUAUCGCUGGCUGCUCCUCAAACUGUUGCUGCUCCUACUGCUGCUCCUCCUCCUCGCCCUGUUCCUCUACUCUGUGCCUGGCUACCUGGUCAAGAAGAUCCUCGGGGCCUGAGCCCGGCAGCCUCCUGGCCGGCCUGACACGGCCUUCGUCUGGUUCCUCAACCCUCUCAAGUCCAUCAAGUACCUCAUCUGCACCCGGUACAAGUGGCUCAUCAUCAAGAUCGUGCUGGCGCUGCUGGGGCUGCUCAUGCUGGGGCUCUUCCUCUACAGCCUCCCUGGCUACAUGGUCAAAAAGCUCUUGGGAGCAUGAAGGCCGCCAGCUCCCGCCAGCCACUCCCCAGGCCUGCCACAUUUCCUUUCGGUGGCUUGGCCUCUCCCAUCUCCCCCAGGGAGCCUGAGGUGCCCCGUGCCCACUCUUCAUGCCUUGGGCCCAGAGCUGGCCUCCUGCCGCGGGGCCGCCUGUCCUCACUGCCCCAGACUUCGGCUUGCGCGGUCCUGCUCCUCUGACCCCUGCCUCUGGGCUGGUGAGCCUUGGAUGGGGUGGGGACCUGGAAUGGGUCUCUCCUGCCCCACCUGGCUGAGAUGCCACCCUUCUUCAGGCCCAGGCUCCAGAGGAAGCCUCCCCGAAUCCUCCCCAGGCCUUCCAAGUACAGGAUUGAAGCUUUAGUGAAAUUAGCCAAGGACCACGGUCCAGUGCCCAGGGUUUAAAAAGAAUGAAGUAGCAAAAGGUAUCCCCGUGUCAUGUCCCCUGCCGACAGCACCGGUCUUUGAUCUGCAGCAGGGGCCAGACCCUGACCACAAGUCCCAGGGCAGCUGCUUCUGCCACUGCUGGGCUCUGCUUGUCUCCUCUCGCUUCCCAGGGUAUUGCCUGUCCUGCCUGUGGGUUUCCAUACUUCCCAGAGCUCCCUCUGCCCCAGCCAGUGCCCCCAAGCCCGGCUAAGGAGCUGUGAGAAGCAGCAGAGGGGACUCGCCAUGGGCACACCUGCCCCCCUUUCCUUCCAGCCCUUUCAGCUGCAGCCAGGAGCUGCCCCCUUAAGUGCUGCCCCUGCCUGUCUCUGGGUUACUGUUGGUUGUUUUUCUUUUUUUGAGUGGUGAUUUUUCUCUAAAUAAAAAAAGUCAAGCACUGA